AGGUGACACCCCCUCGUUGUUGGUCUAAUGAUACUAAUGGUUGUUCGGAUUUCCUAUAUAUAAGUAAGCUUCUUAGCAAGAAGCCUAUCUGUUCACCUCUUCCCAUCCCCAAUUUCACCUUCCACUACGUCUGAACGCCAGAUAUACCAACCCUUGACGCAACGAGUAAAAUGGGCUUGUUUUCCGGCGUGUCGCAGCUUUUCUUUAAUAUUGGGAUCAUGUCUUGGGAUGUCCUCCUCACGCUCCUCAACCUCGUGAGGAAGAAGCGCCGCAUCGGGCAUGUGACCCCUAAAGGUCACCCUGGCUAUGGAGGGCAUUGGCCUGAGUUUAGGCCUCCCCAGGAGACUGACUCCCGCUGCUCAUGCCCCGCACUCAAUGCAAUGGCCAACCAUGGCAUCAUCUCGCGCACCGGCCGUGGGAUCUCAUUUGUCGAGCUUAACCACCAUCUCCGGGCAACCUACAACUUCAGCCCUACCUUCUGCUCAUUUGUGCCGCACUUUGCUGCUCGCAUGCUUAAGAAAAGCUACAGCAACGAUACAUUCGAUUUGGAAGAAAUUGACCUGCACAAUGGCAUUGAACAUGACGCAUCUCUCAUACGCCUUGACGCUGCUUUUGAACCCGACCAAUCGAAGAAGCACUUACCUUUCAUCGAGGAAGUGCUUACGGCAGCUACCGGCAAGGACAAGAACGGCAAUGAUGUCAUUACCCCCAAAGAUCUCUGCAAGAUGCUCAGCAAGCGUCGGGCAGUGGCGCGUGUAGUAAACAAGGAAUUCUCCCUUAGCCUUUUCCACAAGAUCUUUGGUAGCACAAAUGCCUCGACCCUAGUGACGAUCUUUGGAGGUCGUGUGGAUGACCUGCGCAGUUUUCUUCUUGACGAACGGAUCCCAGAGGGUUGGGAGUCGCGCGUCCGCCAACCUUACGGGAUGACCCUGAUGAACUUCAACAAGACUAUACUAGGUGUUGAAUUUGGUGUAUGCGAGAACGAUUGGAUGGAAAUAGCCCGGGAGGGUACAGAACGCCAUGCCAGUGGCACUACUCCUGAUUAAGAUUACACCUCAGCCACUGGGAUACUCGUGGCGUGGGGAAUUCAUAUGAAGUCAUCAUCCUUCAUUUUUGCUCUCACUUCAUGCCUACCACACCUAUGUACUAGUACUACUGACGAUGAUUACAAUUUGUUCA